AUGGACAAGAAGCUCUGGCAAUGGAAGCACAGCGCUGGGUCGCAGGAGUUCCUUAUCUCCACAUCGAAGGAGCUCCUGCCGCAUUCGUUCGUACAAGAAGCCUUUGCGGACAACGGCAUGUUCUGGGCCAAACCCAUGUCCGCAGAAAACUUGAAGAUCAUGCUCGACAACUCCUGCACUCUUGGCCUGUAUAGGGUGGAGAGCGAUAGGUCGCUGAUACCUGUCGGCAUGGCGCGCCUGGUCACGGAUUUUAUUACGCUUGCGUACCUAACCGACGUCUUUGUGAAGGAUGACACGCGCGGCUUUGGUUUGGGGAAAUGGAUGAUCCACUGCUGCAGGGAGAUCGCACUUGACAUCCCCGAGCUGCGAUUCAUGGUGCUAUUGACGGGCUCUGAACAGGCGCAACAGCUGUAUCGACGCGAGUGUGGAAUGGAAAGAUUUGGAGACGAGCACGCACUGGCCGCUAUGGGAGCUAGGAGGCCAGCCUUGGAAACAUGCACUCGGAGCACGAAACUGGCCGAAGUGGAUGCUGCCUCGAAACACCAAAGCACCGGCAACGCCGCGUAA